AUGAAGCGGACGGGUCCUGGGAGGGCAGUACAAGGAGUCAGUGAUGCGAUCAGCUCACCGCAUCAGGAAUCAAUUAGGAACGGCUGGCGGGUGCGAUGUCCUGUGUGCCUAGCACGAACAUUAUCGAGAAAGUAUUCGUAUCGAGAUCGAAAGCAUUUUCUAUGGGAUUUGUACAGCGCCCCUACCGUGCGUGAUUCUGGCUACCCACAGCGACCAUGGCUUAUGACGCCUACUCAUUUUGGAUGCGGUAGAGGGAACUCCGGGCCACAAUAUACUGCAGUAAAAGAAAGAAGAGGCGAUGCUUGUGCAAAGACCGCACUCUGCAUUAUGCUCUCGAAAAAUGUAGAUACAACAACAGCUGAACAUCAAGACUUGUCUCAUACCUCAUCUUCUGAUAUGAGACAUAAAAAUGAUAGAAGCGAUGAUUUGAUAAGUGAAAGGGCUUUAGGUAAUAUUCUGAAAAAGUGUUUACAAAUCCUCAUCUCGGCAUCGGAGGAGCUGGGACGGGCUCUCUUCUUACAUAGCGACGUAAUCAGACUGCAGCCUCGAGCUAAUCUUGAUCGCGACGCAGCCGGCGAGUGGCGCAGGCGACUACGGCACAGUACGGCAGCGGGGCGGCUGCGGGGCGGCGACGGCAGUGCUGCGGCCGGACACCACACACCUAUCGCGAGAGGGACCUGCGACGCGGCGCCGCGGAUAAUCGCCUCAUUUAUAAAGUUUAGCGGGACAAAGCUGCGCGAGUUUUUGAUUGAAAACAAACUUAGAAGGGACAGCCUCAUUUGA